AUGGCGGCUGUGAGCCCCUCUUUCUGUGAGGAGCAGUUCCUCUGCUGCAUCUGUUUGGAGGUCUACACUGAUCCAUGCACAACUGAAAGGCACAGAGACCAUCAGACAGUCUCUCUGAAGGAAGAGGGAGAAGAGCAGCAGGCCACACUGAAGCUACAGAUCAAAGACAGACGUGUGAAGGUCCAGGAGAUCCAGCGCUCAGUGGAGCAGAGUCAGAGAAAGGCAGAGGCAGAAAAACAAGAAGGUCUUAUAGUCUUCAAGGCUUUGGUGGAGUGUGUUCAGCAGAGAGCAGACAGCUUCAAACAGAGCAUUGCGGAAAAACAGCAGAAGGUCAAGGAGGAGGCGUCUCAGCUGAUAGAGCAGAUCCAGACAGAAAUCUCUGAGCUGGAGCAAAGAGAAGCUGAGAUGGAGCAGCUGUGGACCUCCGGAGACCACCUGCACUUUGUCCAAACCUUCACUACAGUCAGACCUGCUCCACGGCUCAGCGACUGGAGCGAGAAUACUAUCAGGACCCCAUCGUACAAGGGGACAGGGGCCCAAGCUGUGUCUGAGCUGAGGAACCAACUGAACACAGAGAUAGAGACAUUCUUUGAAGCAGAAUUAGAGAAAGUCGAAGGAAAGACAGGCUGGGAAGUAGGAGUGGCCAAAGUAUCAGUGGAUCGAAAACAAUCAGUUGGCUCUCAGACUGUACAGAAGGGAUACUGGACACUCCGCAUGGACAAUGGUGAUUAUCAAACUUCAGAUGACCGUCCUGUAGCUCUCUUUCUGCAGUCACGUCCAGAGAAUGUGGGAGUGUUUGUGGAUCGUGAUGAAGGUCUGGUCUCCUUUUAUGAUGCAGAUAUUGCGUCUCUGCUUCACUCUUUCACAGACUGUGGCUUCACUGAGAACGUUCUGCCUCUGUUCAAUCCAUGUGGCAACAUGUACGGCAUGAACUCUGCUCCUCUGGUCCUGACGCAUAUUGGCAGUUAG